GGAGAGGCCAGCAUGGCUCCUGGGAAGUUGGCUUCUGCAGUCCUGCUGCUGCUGCUCUGCUGUGCCGGCUCUGGAUUCUGUGGGAAGGUGCUGGUGUGGCCGUGUGAAAUGAGCCACUGGCUCAAUUUAAAGACUCUUCUUGAGGAGCUUGUGAAAAGAGGACAUGAGGUGACGGUUCUGACUCUUUCAAACAAUUUGUUUAUUGACUACAACAGACAUCCUGCUUUUAAUUUUGAAGUGAUCCCUGUACCAACUGACAAAAACAUGUCUGAGAAUAUACUAAAUGAGUUUAUAGAACUAGCUGUGAAUGUCAUGCCAACAAUGCCUCUCUGGCAAUCAGGAAAACUACUGCAACAAUUCUUUGUUCAGAUAACUGAAGACUUAGGACUUAACUGUAGAAAUACAGUCUACAACCAGUCGCUCAUGAAGAAGCUCCGGGACUCCAAGUAUGAUGUGUUGGUUACAGACCCUGUGAUACCCUGUGGGGAGCUGGUGGCUGAGAUGCUUGGGGUUCCUUUUGUGAACAUGCUAAAGUUCUCCAUGGGUCAUACCAUAGAGAAAUACUGUGGGCAGCUUCCAGCUCCACCUUCCUAUGUGCCUGUUCCCCUGGGGGGACUCACAACCAGAAUGACAUUUAUGGAAAGGGUGAAGAAUAUGGUGUUUUCAGUUUUGUUUGACUUCUGGAUCCAGCAGUAUGACUAUAAGUUUUGGGAUCAGUUUUACAGUGAAGCUUUAGGAAGACCAACUACAUUAUGUGAGAUUAUGGGUAAAGCUGAAAUUUGGCUAAUCCGGACAUACUGGGAUUUUGAAUUUCCUCGUCCAUAUUUGCCUAAUUUUGAAUUUGUUGGAGGACUGCACUGCAAACCUGCCAAACCUUUACCUAAGGAAAUGGAAGAAUUUGUCCAGAGUUCAGGUGAAGAUGGUGUGGUGGUGUUUUCUCUGGGGUCCAUGGUGAAAAAUCUCACAGAGGAAAAAGCCAAUCUCAUUGCUUCAGCCCUUGCGCAGAUUCCACAGAAGGUUUUAUGGAGAUACAAGGGAAAGAAGCCAGCCACUUUAGGACCCAAUACUCGGCUGUUUGAUUGGAUUCCCCAGAAUGAUCUUCUUGGCCACCCCAAGACCAAAGCUUUCAUCACUCAUGGUGGAUCUAAUGGGAUAUAUGAAGCUAUUUAUCAUGGGGUCCCCAUGGUGGGAAUGCCCAUAUUUUCUGAUCAGCCUGACAACCUCGCUGGCAUGAAGGCCAAAGGAGCAGCUGUGGAGGUCAACAUGAACACAAUGACAAGUGCAGACCUGCUGGGUGCCUUGAGGACAGUCAUCAAUGACCCUACUUAUAAAGAGAAUGCCAUGAAGUUAUCAAGAAUUCACCAUGACCAGCCAGUGAAGCCCCUGGACCGAGCAGCUUUCUGGGUUGAGUUUGUCAUGCACCAUAAAGGGGCCAAGCACCUGCGGGUUGCAGCCCAUGACCUCUCCUGGUUCCAGUACCACUCUUUGGAUGUGAUUGGGUUCCUGCUGGCCUGUGUAGCAAGUGCUAUAUUGCUGGUCACAAAAUGUUGCUUAUUUUCCUUUCAAAACUUUAUUAAGAUAGGAAAGAGAAUAAAGAAGGAAUAGAUCAUUCUAAAUUGUUUAAGUGCUGAACUGGGCUGUCCAAUUAAUUUCAGCCCAAAAGAGUUCACUGAGAACCCAACCUAAUCUUAUUUUUAAAUAUCCUUUUUUAUUUCUGUGAACACUGAGGAUAUUUUUAACAAAUGUUAAUAAAUUUUGGAAAAAUUAUUCAUAUUCAUGUGGUUUGUGUUGGUGUCUUUCCUAGAGAGAAAGUCUAGGAUUCAACAUGAUUAUUUUUCUUUUGCCUUUUCCCCUGGUGCUUUACCAAGGAUUUAUUAAUCUUAAAUACAUUCUAUUCACAGUACUAUUAAAAUUUGAUUUCAAGAUAUAUAUGAAUAAUGUUUAGAAUCCUUGGAAACCACACAAUGUACAUGAAAUUUGAUGAGUGGAGGGAACACACAAGAUUCACACUUCCACUUCUCCAUAGAACAUAAAGUCAAGGAAUCACCAUCACAAGACAUCAGUGUAUUAGGGAAGAGUAAUGGUUUUCUUUGAUAAUAAAGCAACCUAUUUAGUUUGCCAGACAUUAUGGGAAUUUAUAAAUUUCACUGUAAUAGUGUAUCACAUUAUGAGAGAUCUAUCUCCAUACUUUUUAUUGAGCACAUUUACAUACAAUCUACUUUCCUGCUAAUUUUUCAACAAAUUUUCUUGAUUGCCCUUUGUGAAUCAUAGCCUUUGGUUCAUUAAAUUUCUAAAAGUGAGUGGAUUUAAUGAUUGUUUUCCCUAAUACAAAAUGCUAAAUUUCAACAAAAUAUUUGUUAACAACAGAAAUAUCAAAGUAUAUAUGUUGUGAAAUUUUUAACUUACAAAAAUACUAAUCAGCUAGUGUUAAUGUUUUAUUAAAAAUUAGAAGAGUAUAAUAUAGAAUCAGUAUUUAUAAUAAUUUUAAUUUUCUGUACAGAAUAAAAAUUUAGAAUUUGA